AUGUGCCUGUUCUUUUGGGAGGAUCCAUGGACAACACCAGCGAGAGCGACGAGGAGGAGCAUUUUCGCCCGACCAAAAAGAUGCGUUUCCAAGCGACUUAGAUUUCCCAUGAUGACCAUCAGGACCAGGACGGCAAUGAAGGAAUCGAGAGACAAUAUUGAGGAAGAUGACAGCCAGUAUGCCGAUUCGCUGUCUUUCUCGCCACCCAACAGUGACGACAAAAUCCUCACUGAUGCCUGGCUGAGGUCCAUUGUCGAUCUGAACCCAGCCGAUCACGAAGCAGACACUGAUGACCGAAACUUCAUUAAGGCCUGGCUGGAAUCCGUUGUCGGCUUGAGACCAGCCGAUUAUGAAGCCCAAAAUGACGACAACGCCUUUGAUAGAGACUGUGGUAGCGACGAGAGUAGCCUCAUUGGGCCUGGUUAA